AUGUUUAAAAUAUUGAUGUUUUGUUCAUUUGUUGUUGGUUGUAGAUCUCAAGUAAGUUUUACAGUAAAGUUAAGAGGAACUGUUGCUUAAAAUUGUAUUACAAAUACAUACAAUAGAACUAAAGACUUCGUUAGGGGAAAAGUUAAAUAUAGUAAAUCUAAUCUCCCCCUAGAGCAAAUUCAAAAAAAACAUUUCACGGGUUUUACUUUAUUCCACCUUAUCUUAUCCUAUCUUACUUUUUUUUAAUUUGUAUGGUAAAAUACGGUGUAUACCAGCUACUUUUUUCUAGGACUUACUGAAACUAUUAUUUAAAAAAUAUUAUAGCAAGAAAUUAUUAUAUUAACUAAUAUGUAUUAUAUAUUCAAAAAAAUUAAAAUUUACUUUCAGUUCCAGGACAAUUUUGUUACCGAUGACGUUUUGGAAAAUACAGUAACCACAAAUGUGCAGGAACAGUUCUUUGAGCAACGAAAAGAUCACUUUGUCAAUCCUGACCAAACUGGAACGUUUGGACAGGUAAAAAGACUUUUUUUCUAUUUAUAUUAUUGAUUGACUAGUCUUUAGUAUUGAUCUAUAUGAUUGUGAUAGUGCUACACAGUCAGUAAAGAGUUUUUCUGAAGAAGUGGACAAAAAAUUAUGGGUUGACUAGAGUAAAACGAGUCUUACUAUAGUUUCAUUUUUUUUAUUUUCAGCGAUAUUUUGAAAACCUACAGUACUUCAAACCGUAUGGGCCGGUCUUCUUUAUAUUAUCAGGAGAAGGUGAAGCUCAACCUGAUUAUGUUGAAGCUGAAAGAACUUUUCUUUCUCAACUUGCUCAGAUUUACGGUGGAGCUUUGUUAAUAUUGGAACAUAGGUACUAUGGAAAGAGUGUUCCGACUGGGUGAGUUUUGGGCUUUACUGAAGUUUAUUUGUUGUUUUAUGUAAUGAAUAUUGUUAUAGGUGGCUUACAGCGACUUUUUGGUGUAUAUUAUAUUAUCUUUUUGACUUUUUGUUGCUAUUUAUGCUUACCACAGCUAACAGUUACUACCUUUUCAGAAACUAUUCAAAAUACGAGUUUCUAUCCUCAAAGCAAGCCAUAGAAGACGCUGCUUACUUCGUGAGAACGUUGAAAGAACAGCCACGAUAUUUUAAUUCACCUUUCAUUGUAAGUGGCUGUUCUUAUUCUGGAUCGUUGGCUACAUGGUUGAGGGCACGACAUCCAACUUUGACUACUGGCGCUGUGGCCUUCUCUGCCCCUCUUGAGGUUCAACUUGACUUUGAGGGUAAGUUCUCAAGCUUUGUUUUUCAAGUAGUCCUAUCUUUUAUUGCCUUGAUCUAGCCCUGAUCUGCCUAUUGCCCUUCCCUGGCCUGGCUUCGCCCUGGCCUUGCCUUGCCUUGCCUUGCCUUGCCUUGGCUUGCCUUGCCUUGCCUUGCCUUGCAACCUACACUAUCUUGCCCUAAGCUAUCUUGUCUUACUUUACUGUGUUUUACCCUUUUUACUCUGAACUGGCUUACCCAGAUUUGUCGUACUCUACCAUGUCCUGCCUUGCCUUACUUUAUCUUGACUUUUCUUGGCUUGCUCUACUUUACCUUAUCCUGCUUUGUCUUGUAUUGUUCUGUCUUGUUUUUCUUGUCUGACCCUGGUAUAAAAUUUGAAACGAAAUAUACCGUAACAUUUAGAGUACAAAUCAGCAGUAUCGGACAGUUUAUGGAGGAUAAGUGAGCCAUGUGCUGGUCGUUUACGUGACGCUUUGGACUUGUUGAAUGCUGAACUUCAACUUGAUUUGGACAGUCGGACUGACACUUUGAACAACUUGAAGUUGGGGUUUGUAUUUGAUGAUUCUGUCUGAUAUAAUUUGAUUUUAAAAAUUAUUUUAGUUAAUAUUGUUCACAUUUUAGUAAAGUUUUGAAUUAAAACUUGCAUUUUCAGCACAGAAAACCUAACAACUUAUGAGCCAGAAGCGGUUCGAGAACGACUGUUGACUGAGAUUUUGUUUGUAAUGGGUGGGAUGCUACAAACACGUACUCAAGAUGACAUACGAACAAUUUGUCGUGACAGGGUGGAGAAUUUACGGUAUUUUAAAAAUUUUAUUUUACGAGUUAUAUGACCUUGUUAUAAGGUUUACUGACCUUGUUAUAUGUUGUUAUCCACUUAUCAUAACCUUCAAUAACCUGGUAAUAAGCUUUUUAAAUUUAAAACUUUAAUCUUAUAGGUACCCCCUCCUAGAAGUCCUAGGCCAUUUGUUUCAAAACAAGACCAACUUCGAAGACUCUGGCUACGACCUCAAUGGAUGGUCGUAUCAACUCUGUAAUGAGUUUGGCUGGUUCGUAGCAUCAGCUGAAGUUGAUGACGAUCCCAACGAUUGGCCAAAUCUUUUCAAUUUCAAUGUCAGUUUAGAGAACGCUUCCGGGUUUUGUCGCGCAAUUUUUGGCGACGAGUUUGUGAGCGAUGAGAUACGAAGGAAGGUGGCCGAGACAAGGGAUUACUAUGGUGGACGAAGGGAAUUGAAUGUAAGGUUGUUUUAGUUGGGUUAUGAAUAUCAUAUCCUGUCCUACCCUACCCUACCCUACCCUACCCUACCCUACCCUACCCUACCCUACUCUAUCCUACCCUACCCUACCCUACCCUACUCUAUCCUACCCUACUCUACCCUACCCUACCUUACCCUACCCUACUCUACCCUACCCUACCCUACCCUACCCUACCCUACCCUACCCUACCCUACCCUACCCUACCCUACCCUACCCUACCCUACUCUACCCUUACCCUACCCUACCCUACCCUACCCUACCCUACUCUAUCCUACCUUACCCUACCCUACUCUACCCUACUCUACCCUUACCCUACCCUACCCUACCCUACCCUACCCUACCCUACCCUACCCUACCCUACCCUACCCUACCCUACCCUACCCUACCCUACUACUCUAUCCUACCCUACCCUACUCUAUCCUACCCUACCCUACCCUACCCUACCCUACCCUACCCUACCCUACCCUACCCUACCCUACCCUACCCUACCCUACCCUGCCCUACCCUACCCUACCUUACCUUACCCUACCCUACUCUACCCUACUCUACCCUUACCCUACCCUACCCUACUACUCUAUCCUACCCUACUCUAUCCUACCCUACCCUACCUUAUUGUACUGUACCUUAUUCUAGCUUAACUUAUGUUUCUUGUUCUUACUCUAUCUUAUCCCAUCAUACCUUAUGUUACUGUACCUUAUCCUACUCUGUUAUACUUUACUCUGUCUUAUUCUACCUUACUUUACUCAACCCUCAACCCUACCUUAUGCUAUUCUACUUUACUUAACCCUACUUUGCACUGUUUUUUCCUAGUUGGUCUGACCUAUCUUUAGUGUUACUCAGAGUGAUAAGUUAAAUUUAAUUUAAAAAUUUUGUGUAAAGAUAGACGGUAACUUAUUUUACAGUGUAAAAUUUAUUUAAAUUUUAAACUUUUGCCUAAUUUUAGUUCAACUUAAAACGUUUUUUCAUUAACAAUUUAUAAUUUUAGGUAACAAACGUGCUGUUCGUUGAAGGAGAGAACGACCCCUGGAGGCCAUUACAAAUGGAAAGUCAGUUCAUCAAAAGGAACAAUGUUCUAGUCAUCAUAAAAGGUAUAGGUUGUGCUUAUAUUAUAUGACAACUAUGAGUACAUCUACCCUCUCUCCAGAAAAGUUUCUAAUAACAACCCCUUCAGGCGGCACCCACUGCGAAGGCAUGUUCCCAAGCUUUCAACCGGAAAUUCGAAACGCCCAAAGCAUAAUCCACUCAAAAGUAUUGGACUGGAUUGGUCUACCAAAUCCGACGGAUCAAAGACUACAAAAAGGCUACUACAAUAACCCUUCGAAUGGUUAUAGUAAGCAGUUUAGUGAUAACAAGGUAACGGCCAAUCAACCCGCUCAAAUCUACGGUUUCCCUUGGCUUUUCGUACCUGUUUAUGGAUGA